AUGUACAGGUUUGGAACAGUCCUUUCGAGCCUACUUUCGGUAGCUGUGGCAUCGGCAUCGAAUGGCUUCGAUCCAAGAGAAGCGACUAUUGCCUCUACUCAUCACUCCCUCGAUACCGGCCUCACCACAUGCCGUGAAGUUGUCUCGAGCUUCCUGUCCAGGAUCGAUCUGUUGAACAACCAUACGAAUGCGAUUAUCUCGUUGAACCCAAACGCGCUCACCACUGCAGACCAACAGGACGCCAAGCUUAGAUCGAACAAUGGCUCUUACGGACCACUAUUCUGCAUUCCCAUUCUACUAAAGGACAACUACGAUACCGCUGAAAUUCCAACGACCGGAGCCAACUUGGCACUUGCGAGAUCACAGCCAAGUAAGGAUGCUCCCGUGGUGGCGACCUUGAAGAAAGCCGGCGCCAUCAUCUUGGGAAAGGCCAAUCUCCACGAGCUGGCUCUGGAAGGUCUCAGCGUGUCAUCGCUCGGUGGACAGACUGUCAAUCCAUACGAUAGCACCCGAACACCCGGCGGUAGUUCUGGUGGCACUGGCGCCGCGGUGGCUUCAAGCUUCUGCGUCUGGGGGACUGGCACUGAUACAGUGAAUUCACUCAGAUCACCUGCCAGCGCCAACAGCUUGUUCAGUUGCAGACCUACGCGUGGGCUGAUUGGUCGUUCUGGUAUCAUUCCCAUCUCGUACACGCAAGACGUUAUUGGGCCGAUUGCACGAAGCGUCGAGGAUGUUGCCACGGCUUUGAUGGUCAUGGCGAGUGUUGGAUUUGAUGCAGACGACAACACGACUGCGCUUGUGCCUGCUGGAACGUAUGGGACGAACUAUAUGUCAGGCUUGACUGAAGGGUCCUUGAAGGGCCUUCGCUUGGGGCUCGUGGAAGGCUUCUUCAACAGGACACCAUCAGCUGAAAACGACCCAGUGAACAAUGCAAUGGCUCGGACAGUCGCAAAGCUCAGGGGAGCAGGUGCCACGAUCGUGUCCAUCACCAGUCCCCUCUACAACUCCACGGCCCUGGCUUCACUCGACACCCAACGCUUCGAAUACAGAGAGUCGAUGGAUGCCUACCUGGAACGGCCGUCACUCGGUGGCCAACACCCGUCAACACUGAACGAGCUCUACUCAGGCCAUGACUACUUGGUCAUUCCAAGCCAAUAUGAAUACGUCAACACAUCACUGGUGUCCUCGACCUCAAACACCACAGGACGUAACGGCGGCUACAAUUCCGUUAAACAAGGCAUCGCGAAUCUGACCCUCGCUCUCGCGGAGACUUUCACGGCGAACAAGCUCGAUGCCCUGAUCUAUCCCGAGCAACAGAAUCUCGUCGUCGAGAUCGGAUCUGCCUCACAAUCUGGCAGAAAUGGAAUACUAGCAGCCCUGACGGGGAGCCCUGUUGUCACGGUCCCAGUAGGGUUCUCGAAUGCUACUGCUACUGCGCCGCAAGGGGUGCCAAUUGGCAUGGAGAUACUUGGACGGCCAUGGACAGAGGAGAAGUUGUUGCAGAUUGCCUAUCAAUGGCAGAGUUUGGGGAGGAUAAGGAGGACGCCGAGUUGGGCCAAGGAAGUUGUGCCGGUGAAGUCUUAUACUGCUGUGCCUACUGUCACGCCCAACCGCGGCAAUAUUCCUGCGGCGUAUCCUGUUGGGACGUUGGGUGGGUAG